CUCUCCCAACUACGACCACCUCCCUCCCCGCGACACACCCCAGCGCUCAAGCCUUGCCGCAAUGGCCUCUCCACUCGACUUGUAUGAAUCUAUCGACGUUAUCGGAACGGGGUCCUUCGGUAUAAUCAGGAAAGUGAGGCGGAAAUCCGAUGGCCAGGUAUUUGCACGCAAGGAGCUCAACUUUGAACGUAUGUCGGAGCGAGACCGCAAACAAAUCGUUUCAGAAGUCAACAUCCUCAAGGACCUCAACCACGAACACAUAGUACGCUAUCAUGACCGUCAUGUCGACCGGGACGCCGGCAUUCUGUAUAUUCUCAUGGAGUACUGUGGUGGUGGCGACCUCUCCUCCGUCAUCAAGCAAGCCCAGCGCCAGAGCCGCCCCAUCCCCGAAGACACAAUCUGGAACUACUUCAUGCAGAUUCUGCUGGCACUCAACCAUUGUCAUCAUCCAAAUGGGCAUGGACGUGCGGGUAGCAGCGGCGGGGCGGAUGACGGACGGGAGCGUAGGCCACAGAUUUUGCAUCGAGAUCUGAAACCAGACAAUGUCUUCCUCGACGAGAACAACUUCGUCAAGCUCGGCGACUUCGGGCUUUCGAAGGCUCUCGCCCAGGCGAGUUUCGCAAACACCUAUGUCGGGACGCCAUACUACAUGUCCCCUGAGCUGAUGCAAGAGAAAGCCUACGACUCCAAGUCAGACAUCUGGUCGCUAGGAUGCCUCAUCUACGAGUUAUGUGCGCUCAAGCCGCCCUUCCACGAGGCGAAGACACAUGCCGAGCUUAGCAUACUCAUCAGGACUGGGAGAAUCCCUCCAUUACCCAAAGGCUACAGUCCUGCACUUGCCAGUGUCAUCAAGGCAAUGCUGAAUAUCAACCCUGCUAUGCGCCCGUCUGCACAACAGCUCCUCGGUCACGAGCGAAUUGAACUCGCCUUCAAGGUCGGCGAGACGCAGAAGCUCCUGAACCAAGUCAAGUCACACCGAAGCGCUGUCAUCGCCAAAGAGCGCGACCUCGCCGCACGCGAAACCGCCAUCGCCCAACGCGAAAACAGCCUCCAAGCCCUGCUCUCCCAGAAAGAGACCGAGCUCGCCGCCCUCCGAACCUCCCUCGCCACCGCCCAGUCCUCCCAGUCCUCCCUGAAAGCCGCCUUCGAGACCACGCUCGCCGAGCGCGUGCGCCACCGCGAGCAGGAGCUCCGCGCGCUGGUCGCAGCGCAGGAGGCGGAGGUCGCCGCGCGAAUGGCGCGCCGCGAGGAGGAGAUCAUGGCUGCGGUGCGUGCGCGCGAGGAGGAGAUCGCGCGAAUGUGGGCGGAGUGGGAGGCGAAGACGCGUGAGGCGAUGGGGGCGGCGGUCGAGGAGCGCAUGGAGUGGGUGCGCGCGCAGGCCGGCGAGGUCGAGGCGGAGCGUGCGCGCCUGGAGGGGGUGAAGCACGAGCUGGAGAGGAGGAUGGCGGACGUGGAGCGUGUGGAGAAGGAGAAGGAGAGGAGGGGCGCGAGGGCGGGUGCUGGGAUGGGGAAGACGCCGCUGGAGGAGGUGAAGAACCUGCUGGCGCCGCUUGCGCAUAUCGCGGACACACCUGUGCGUCAUACUCCCAGUGGCUUUGCACGGGCAUCGUCCGUCUUUGAGACGCCUCGGCCGCCGGCGUUGAUGAAGACGACGCCGUCGUUCCCCGAGAACAUUGCACCACCGAGCGCGAUGAAGGGCGUCAUUCUCACCGCCACUGGAGAACCUGUUGCGACACCUUCGCCAGCAGAGCUCGCAAAGCUCUUUGUCAACACUCCGAGAGUCGGACUGAACUUCGCCAAGAUAUUCGACUUCGAGUCAGAAGACGAGGCGGAAGAGGGAGACGAAGAGGACGAGGACGAGGAACCUGCGCCGGGAGAGGAGGGGUACGAGACUGAUACACGGCCAUCGUCCCGCAGGAGCAGCUCAAGCUCGGGCAAAGACGAAGAGGAGGACGAACGGACGCCUCACCCCUCGCCUACAGUAGCUGUCCGCCCGACACGCCUCCGCCGUCCAUCCAUCCGGGCGGGUUCUCAGAGGCCAUCGCUCGAGGCGCCUGCACCCCGGCUAGCGUCGGCGGCGCCCUCCGGAUCAACGCGCAGCAAGUCGCGGUCGCGGCCAACUUCAUCCACCGCGUCCGCCUCUGGCGCUACCACCGGACGAUCGGCCAGGACCUCUUCGUCGGGUGUCAUUUCCACAAACGGAGCCACGAGCCACCCCGCUCCCGACUACGACCUCUCGGACGAGGAGAACCUGCCCUCCCCCUUCCUCAAGAAAUGCGACCGCCAAGCCCUUACGCGCACCGCGACGCAGAUCACGACGAGCAACAGCACCGGCACCGUCGCGACGCGCGCCCCGCGGAAGAGCGCGACGUCGACGCUACGAGCGAUAACGAUGCUACAUGCAGCGAACGCCACUGUUAAGGGUAUGAGCUCAGCGGAGAGGGAGAAAGAAAAAGUGCGCGCGACGAGGCCGCCGGCGCGGACAGCGAGCUUGGGUGCCCUCGGUGGUGCGGGUGCGGCGAAUGCCACUGCGGGCGUACGGCCGAGCAUCGCGAAGGCGAUGAAGGCUAGCGAGGAUGCUAAGAAGGCUUUAUCGCGGCCUUGAUCUUUAUGUUCCCUGAACGACUGACUCACAUUCACUUCUGCCUAUCUGUGUUAGAUGUUCUCGUUUCUUCAUGAAUUAUUGUCACGUCUUCACGAUGUUUUCAUUAUCCUGCACAAUCUGUACAUCGCAUAUCCAGCAUGGAGUUCUGCAUAUAUGAAUGUUGUCACGACC